GCCUAGCCAUUCGCUAUGGACGAUGGCCUUAUCCUCAAUCUCGAUGUCGUACACGACGCUCCGUCGAAGGUAGCGCAGGGCAAAAAGGGGGGACGAUGGACAGACAGGCUGAAAGCUAAACGAGUAGCGAAACGUAAGACUCGACCUGAGGCUCCUGCACCAAGUAAGAGUGAUGCCACUGUCAGCGUUUCUGACGUGCGGCCUGCGAAACGGCCGCGAAAAGAACGCGAACGAGAGGAACACGACCAAGAACGUGCAGGACUAGCUGCAGCCCCUGCAGGUCGCCAUCCCACCCAGGUCAUCUCCUCUCUGUUCACGUCGAACCCGAAGAUUGAGAAACCUCAGCCGCAAUCUGCCUCAAACACACAUGCGAAGCCUAGUAAUGCCCCCCUUGAUUCCUCCACCUUCACCGGCUCCGGUCUGGAUCCCCUGAUAGUCGCUCACCUCUCGUCCAAAAUGAACAUCUCCAGGCCAACGUCCAUUCAGAGGGCGGUGCUACCUGCUAUACUGCCUACGUUGGAAGAUCCUGCCGCACGCGACGUCUUCAUACAGUCCCAGACCGGUUCCGGGAAGACGCUCUCCUUCCUUCUCCCUAUUAUCCAGGACCUCCUCCCCCUCAGCUCACAUUCCUACAUCGACCGCUCCAUCGGAACUCUCGCUAUCAUCAUCGCCCCCACCCGCGAACUGGCGAAGCAGAUCUCCGAUGUACUGGAAGCGUUACUCAAGCUCCGUCUACGAGCUCAAGACGAGUCCGCGGAGGAGUCCUCCGUCCCCCGCUUGACGCGAUGGCUCGUCUCCGGGCUGUUGACAGGUGGGGAGAACAGGACACACGAGAAGGCCCGACUCCGCAAAGGCGUGCCGAUCCUCGUCUCCACCCCAGGCCGCCUGCUCGACCACCUCCAGAACACGUCCUCGUUCAACGUCGGCAAGUGUCGCUGGCUGGUCCUGGACGAGGCGGACCGGCUCAUGGAGCUCGGAUUCGAGGAGACGAUCCAGGGCAUCCUCAAGGGCCUUGACGGCCGGCGGAAGCUCGCGGUGCAGGCGACGGAGGAGGGGAAGAGCAUGGAUGUAGGCGGGUGGGACUGGAGCAGGAGGCGGAGGACGAUCCUCUGUUCCGCGACGAUUCGGGAGGACGUGCAGAAGCUCGCGGGACAGACGCUCACGAACCCCAUGAUGAUCAGGGCCGUGCACGCGGACGACCCGCCCCUGGACCCGCAGGCGGACCCUUUGGCAGAAGCGUCGGCGCAGAAGUUCACGCCGCCGUCGCAGCUGUCGCAGAAGUACGUGGUCGUGCCGCUGAAGCUGCGCCUCGUGACGCUCGUCGCGCUCCUGCGGUCGCUGCUGGCGCAGUCGCAGAGCAGGAAGGGGACGAAGAUCAUCGUGUUCUUAAGCUGUACGGACUCGGUCGACUUUCACUGGCGGCUGCUCGGUGGGACUGCGAUGGACGAGGAUGAAGGCGCAUCUAGUUCGGCUUCUGAGGCCGAGGAGUCGGACGAAGAGGAGUCGGACAAGGACUUGGGUUCGGAGACAGAGGGCCCUAAGCCUCCGAAGCGGCAGAAGAAGACAGCGUCGGGCGAGAAGAUCGAGGUCAAGUCUGCUCUUCUCCCCGACACGUCUCUUUACCGGUUGCACGGGUCGCUGCCCCUUCAAACGCGUCUGGCAUCACUCAAAGGCUUCUCGGCGGUUCCAACGGCGAAGUCGCCGAACACCUCUGCGUCCUCCAUCCUCCUUUGUACGUCAGUCGCAUCGCGUGGUCUUGAUUUGCCCCUCGUCAGGGCAGUCAUCCAGUACGAUCUUCCGACCGAGUCAGGGGCUACGGAGUACGUCCAUCGAGUCGGGCGUACGGCCCGUGCCGGAAAGGGCGGCGAGGCGUGGAGCUUUGUCGCCCCGAGUGAGACGGAGUGGGUGAAGUGGGUGCAGGCGAGGAUGCAGGGUGAGGUGAAGGGAGCUGACAAGAAGGACGGGGAGGGGAGCAUGGCGCUGGAGGGCGUCUCGAUGGAGACCGUGCUGAGGAAGGGCUUUGGGGGAAAGGGGAGCGAAUAUGAGGAACGGGCGACGGAGGUGCAGCUGUCGUUUGAGCGGUGGGUCUUGCGGGACAAGCAGAAUGCCGAGGCUGCUCGUAGAGCGUUUCUGUCGCACAUGCGAGCGUACGCGACCCAUCCUUCGGAUGAGAAGCAUAUGUUCCACAUCCGACACCUACACCUCGGGCACCUUGCCAAAGCGUUUGCUCUGCGCGAGGCACCAACCGCGCUCGGGUCCAAUAAGGGCUCCAAGUCAAAAAGCAAGCCAAAGUCGGCUGCGAAGGGCGCGUCCUCUGACCGCAAGUCGAGGAAGCACAUUCGAAAUCCGGACGACAGCGAUAACGAGCAUAAUGUUGCAGAUGCUGAGAAGCGGAUGGAGAAGGUCGUGCGUGCGCAAGGUCGGCUCACAAAGAAGAGCGGCAAAAUUGUCAGCUCGGGGACGGACGAGUUCCAGCUUGCUGGAGGCUAUGACUUGGAGAAGAUUGUUGGUGUUCGGACGUGACAUACUAUCUCGUGUUGCUUGUAGUCAUCUCUCUGUUCAAUGCCUAGCAUGUCGCCGUUUUCGCCCUUGUGUUCGCCCACACAAGUUAUGCGCCCCUCUUUUGAUAU